AGACAAGACACAUAACCAAAACCAACAUAACCGCAAAUUUCGUUGACCGAAAUUGUGAUGAAAAUUAAUGUUUGUUUUCAUGCGAUUUAAUUUUAAACAAUAAUUUAACCUACAGUUUUGAUCAUGAGAUUUAUGGGCUGAUUGUGAAUUUACUAACUACAAUGAUUUUAACUUGGUUGUUUUCGAAGCUCAAAGGAUUUGUCUUAUUUUUUAUAAAUAUUCUCAGAAGAGCCCUAUGUUGUAUCCGUAAACGAAAACGAAGCUAUUCGGAAAGUGUACCGUUAACUCACGUCGUGUCCGGCACAGAAUCGUCGAACGAUCUUCAAGAUUGGUCAGAUUGGGGCAAAGAUAAUGGUGAAAGCAACAAACCAAAGACUAUACAAGAUUACAUUGAUCUCUAUCGCGAGCAAACGGUAAAGAGUCACAAUCAAGAACCAGAAGAAAGUGAGGAACAAGACCUAAACUUUUUUGAAGAUAUGACUCCAAAAAUAACCAGGCAAGCUAAAGUGCUUAUUAGAAAUAAAAACGAUCCUAGUUCGAGGAAUGUAAAUAGUAGACUGGCUGCUAGGGAAGACACCGCCACUAUUUUGCCUACAGCAGAAUUACGUGAAUGGGAUGAAAAUAGUGGUUGGGGUGGUGAGCAGUUAUUAGAUCAAGAGGCACAGAAAAUUUUAAGAGAACAGAAAAGACUAGACAGGGAGCGUCGCGUUUGGGAACAGAAUCAGAGAAAGCUUGAAAAAAACUCGAAAGCUUUAGGCUCCAAAUUAACAACAUAAUUAAUUAUUGUACAAUUUAUUGUUUAACUUUCAUUUUAAGUGACUGAUUUAUAUUAUUAUUUAAUAGAUUAGUGUGAAUUAUUUUAUGGAUGAUCUUACAAGAAGCGAUACAGCUUGUAAGAAAUUAAAUGCUUUGUAUGGGUAUAAUUUUACAUAAUUUUAUUUUCCAAAAAUAUAUUGUGAUACAUUGUGAAUAACCACACAAUAAAAUUUCCUUUUUUGUUAAAUAAAAUAUCUAUUUUAUCUCUAAAA